UCGAAAAACCUAAAUAAUAAGGAAGCAAAUAAAUAAGUACAGAAGUGCAAAUGAACUCUAUGUCCAUGCAGAAGGAGACUAAAACCUUUUCCAUAACGUAACAGAAGCAGACAGACGACCCAUUGCCCAGUUCACUGGUUUAGCCAGGCUGGGACCUUAGACUGGGAGGAGUCAGUCAGUGGAGCAUCGAGUUCCUCGUCAAGUUGUUUUUUUCUCUCGAGAAUUACUAGUUAGGAGAGGGAGAGGGAGGCAUCUGCGAGAAGACUGACAAAAACAAGUGGGAGAACCUUCCAUGACCUUGGCCGAAUAGGAGCCCUGACGGAGAGGGAAAGGCGUGGGACCAGCGAGGACGCGCCAGCUUCCGGUCACCCAGGAGAGGAAGAGGCGGGGCGCGAGCUGCACGCCGGAGCCAACGUGUAGCCAACUGCUGGAAAGCACGCGCUCAGGAGCCAAUAGGGCGCGGGGCCCGCCCCGGCGGCAGUGGAGCGGAUGCUGCGCUGGGACCUAGGACCGAAGGCGACUCGUCACCGGGGGAGCUGUGCCCCGACGUCCUGUACCGAGCCGGCCGGACGCUGCAUGGCCAGGAAACCUAUACGCCGCGACUCAUCCUCAUGGAUCUGAAAGGAAGUCUGAAUUCACUAAAGGAAGAAGGUGGCCUCUACAAGGACCGGCAGCUAGAGGCUGCAGUAGCAUGGCAAGGGAAGCUCACCACACACAGAGAAGAAGAGUACCCAAAGAACCCUAACCUCCAGGACCUUCUGAGUGCAGAGGGAGUGCUGAAUACUGACGGUGUCUGGAGGACCAAACCUAUCCAAAAUGGCAAAGAGAACGGCGUCAGAGUCUGGUCAGACUUCCUCAGGGUACAUCUCCACCCGCGGAGCAUCUGUGUGAUUCACAAGUACAACCAUGACGGUGAAACAGGUCGCCUGGAGGCUUUUGGACAAGGGGAGGGUAUCCUGAAGGAACCCAGGUACCUGGAGGAGCUGGAGGACAGACUACAUUUCUAUGUGGAAGAGUGUGACUACUUGCAGGGCUUCCAGAUCCUGUGUGACCUGCACGAUGGUUUCUCUGGAGUAGGCGCUAAAACUGCAGAGCUACUACAAGACGAGUAUUCAGGACGAGGAGUAAUAACUUGGGGUCUGCUCCCUGUUCCCUCCAGUCUUGGGGAGCCCCAGAAAAAGAUCUAUCGCCUCCUAAACACAGCAUUUGGUCUGGUGCACCUGACUGGGUACAGCUCUUUUGUCUGUCCCUUAUCCCUGGGAGGGCACCUGGGCCUGCGACCCAAGCCACCUGUCAGCUUCCCUGACCUACACUAUGACGCCACUCUGCCCUUCCACUGUAGCGCCAUUCUUGCUACAGCCCUGGACACAGUCACAGCUCCCUUCCGCCUGCGGUCCUCCAUGGUGCCCAUGGCUCAUUUGGCUGAUCUGCUAAGUUUCUCCGGGAGAAAGGUGGUGACAGCGGAAGCAGUCAUCCCCUUCCCACUGGAUCCAGGCCAGGCCCUUCCCGACAUCCUGGGACAACUUGGAGGAACCACCCCAUGGACCCCACUCUCUGCUUGUGGGGAUUCUGCUGGAAGUCGAUGCUUUGCCCAGUCAGUGGUGCUCAGGGGUAUAGACAGGACGAGUCACACCAGUAAGCUCAACCCAGGGACACCCUUGCCGUCGGCCCUCCAUGCCUGUGCCUCUGGAGAAGAAGUCUUGGCUCUCUAUUUACAACAGCAGCACCCUAGAGUCUUAAGCUCCUCACACCUGCUGCUGACGCCCUGCAGAGUGGCUCCUCCUUACCCACACCUCUUCUCCAGCUUCAGUCACAAGGGACUGGCCCUGGAUGGUCCCCCCAAGGGCGCAGCGGUACAGAGCAUCCCUGUGUUUGGAGCCCUGCGCUCAUCUUCAUCCUUGUACCGCACCCUGGGAGACUUGGCUGAAGAGCUUGCCAGACUUGACCUGCGGCGCUGGGCUAGCUUCAUGGACGCUGGGGUGGAACGAGGUGACAUGGAGGAGCUGCUACAGGACUUACACAGCCUGGCCCAGUGUUACCAGGAGGGUAACAGCCUUUCAAACUGAUGUUCCAGGGAAGGGUAUUG